AGGGUGCGACUCGACACAAAAUGAAACGCAGCCUUGGUUGCUACAGGUGAAAUUUUGUUUACAUCCGGGUUGUUUCGGACGAUAACAACACACAACACGCAUAGAAGCAGCUAACCCUGUGUAGUGUAGUUGCUAAGCCGAUUUGACACUACGAUGGCAGGGGAGACAGAAGACGAGAUACCUGAAACGGGAGCAGUCUUCACCUUUGGAAAAAGCAAAUUUGCAGAUAACAUCCCCAGUAAAUUUUGGCUGAAAAAUGAUGUACCUCUGAAAAUCACCUGUGGGGAUGAGCACACAGCAUUGAUAACAGAGAAUGGCAAGCUUUUCAUGUUUGGCAGUAACAACUGGGGUCAGCUGGGUUUGGGAUCAAAGACCAUGGUGAACAAGCCCACUUGUGUGAAAGCUUUGAAGUCUGAAAAGGUGCGGCUUGCAGCCUGUGGAAGAAAUCACACUAUAGUUUACACUUGUAAGUACACACUCGGGGGAAACGUGUACUCUACCGGUGGAAACAACGAAGGUCAGCUAGGUCUGGGAGACUGUGAGGAGAGGACAGCCUUCCAAUUGGUGGACUUCUUCAGUUCACAUGGACCAAUCAAAAUGCUUUCUGCCGGCUCCAACACCUCUGCUGCCCUCACAGAGAGUGGGACGCUGUUCAUGUGGGGUGACAACACUGAGGGUCAGAUCGGCCUGGGGAAGGAGAGCAGUGCCCUGACCCCCCAGGUGGUCACUGUGGGUCGGCCAGUGGCCUGGGUAUCCUGUGGGUACUACCACUCUGCCUUCGUCACUGUUGACGGGGGCCUGUACACAUUUGGGGAGUGCGACAGCGGCAAACUGGGCCUGGCCACGGGUCAGCUCGAUGGACACCGCAUGCCCCAGCUGGUGAAGGGCAUCACAGACCAGGUGACCCAGGUGGCAUGUGGAAGCGGGCACACCGUGGCUGUGACAGAGGAGGACCUGUACACCUUUGGCCUGGGUCAGUUUGGUCAGCUGGGCCAGGGGACCUUCAUCUUUGAGGCGAGGCUGCCCAGAGCGGUGGAUCACUUCAGGAAGGGCCGAGUACGACAGGUGAUGUGUGGGGAGAACCACACUGCUGUCAUCACAGACAAUGGUCUUCUCUAUACCUUUGGGGACGGGAGACAUGGGAAGCUGGGUCUGGGAGAGGAGAACUUCACCAAUCAAUUCAAGCCCACUCUCUGUCCACGCUUCCUUAAGUACAACGUCCAAGCGGUGACGUGCGGAGGUUGCCACAUGCUGGUUCUAGCCAAGCCCAGAGACAAGAGCUGCCAGGAAGUGACUCUGGAGGAGAAUGAUGUCACAGAGGACUACCUGGAGAAGUCCUACACAGAGCUCUUAGGGGACACCCUCACCUCCACCCCUGCUUCCCUGAACAGUAGCCUCUGCCCGGGUCAGGAGGAGAGAGAGGGUGGGUACUGGGAGCGUUCCCCGGAGCAGUUUGGGCUCAUGUUCCGGACCCUGCACCCCCUGACGUCUGGACACCUCAAUACCUCCGCACCCCUGCCCGUGUCCAGCCAGACCAUCCCCUCAGUCUGCCCCCAAGGAGCUAACCAACAGAAAGAAAAGCGGUCAGCUGAGAAGGGAAGGGAUGAGGGAGACAUGAUGGACAACGAGAGUGUUAAAGAUCUGGGAGACACCACGGACUUCCUCAACAUGACUCAUGUGAUGAAAAUGGACCCCAGUUACAAGACGUUGACGUUGUCCCCUGUACAGAAGGAUUUAAGAGCUGAAGAGGGGGAUGGACAUAAGAAUGAUGAAGAAGAAGAGGAGGAGGAAGAGGAGAACAACAAAGCAGAGGAGAAAGAGAAAUCUGAGGACAUGGAGGGACAAUCAUUACAGGGUCAGAGCCAGUCCACAGCAGAACCCCUCCAAGGACCAGAGGGUGUGAAAGAAGAAACUCUCCCAGACGUUGCAGAGGACUCAGGUCAGCCCAGCCCUUUGGCUCCGACAGAGGAGAGCUCUGCAUCCAGCACUCAGCUGCAGAAUCGAACAACAGAGGAGAAACCAAGAACCAACCAAGGACCAACAGAAAGCUGUUGCUGUUCAAACGCCUGUCCUCCUCCAAAGCCAAGCAGACAGAGGACAGUGCGGAAGCCCCAGCAGAGGGCACCGGCAUGGGAGCUGCCUGCCAGUGCCAAGGGUCCCUCUGCAGGGCUGGAGAACAGAGAUCCAUCAGAGACCAGCGCUAGUGGUGCCCAGCCCCCUCUGAGAGCACCCUCGGACUCUGGUGGUAGAGGUGCUCGCUCUACCACCUGCACCCUACUGUGA